ACGUUGUUCCUGCGGUACCGAGGGAGCGGCGGACCAGUAAAAUGCCGGAACCAGCCAAAUCAGCUCCUGCCCCGAAGAAAGGCUCUAAGAAAGCUGUUACCAAGACUCAGAAGAAAGGUGACAAGAAACGUAGAAAGACGAGGAAGGAAAGCUACUCGAUCUACGUGUACAAGGUGCUGAAGCAGGUGCACCCCGACACGGGCAUCUCGUCCAAGGCCAUGGGCAUCAUGAACUCCUUCGUCAACGACAUCUUCGAGCGCAUCGCCGGCGAGGCGUCGCGCCUGGCGCACUACAACAAGCGCUCCACCAUCACGUCGCGGGAGAUCCAGACCGCCGUGCGGCUGCUGCUGCCCGGCGAGCUGGCCAAGCACGCCGUCUCCGAGGGCACCAAGGCCGUCACCAAGUACACCAGCUCCAAGUAAAUUUCUUGUUUGGAAGAUCGUCUAACCCAAAGGCUCUUUUAAGAGCCACCCACGUUUUCAGUAAAAGAGUCGUUCACACUG